AUGUAUCAGAAAGCUCUUAAGGCUGACCCUACAUACAAGCUUGCAGCGGAAUGCUUGGCCAUUGUUUUAACGGACCUUGGAACCAGCUUAAAGCUUGCUGGUAAUACUCAAGAGGGAAUUCAAAAGUAUUACGAAGCUGUCAAAAUUGAUCCACACUAUGAUCCUGCUUAUUAUAACCUCGGUGUCGUCUAUUCUGAAAUGAUGCAAUAUGACACAACCCUUAAUUGCUACGAGAAAGCUGCAAUAGAGCGACCUAUGUAUGUUGAAGCAUAUUGCAACAUGGGCGUUAUCUACAAAAAUCGUGGGGAUCUGGAGUCAGCAAUUGCCUAUGUAUGACACAGCCCU